CUAUGUGUGAGAUAAUAAAAUACCAAGCCAUAAAAUCCAAAAAAAAAAAAGAGAUAAUAAAAAUAAAAAAAGUGUGUGAGAUAAACAGUAAAGUGUAAACAAACUUAACUCUUUACUAUAUUACUGGGGACUGGGGUAAAGAUAGGGACCUCUUUAUUAAAGUUUUUAAUGUGACUCUAGUUACACUUGUAGUUUCUACAAUAUUCAAGAACAACUCAAUUUAAAAGCGAUGUAUAAAUCAAUAAACAUUGAGGAAUAUACAUAUGAAUACUUCACACAAGAAGACGUCUGCAGGUUUUGUUGGAAUAAAAAUGCAAUUACUGAGUUAUUUAACCAAGAGUGUUCUAUAGAAUCCCUUGAAUUAAAAGAUACGCUUAUUAAUAAAGUAAAAGAGUGCUUAAACAUAGACAUAACACUAGUUUACACACCCAGUAAGGCUUGUGAUCAGUGCUGUGAUAAAAUAGAAAGUUUUUAUUAUUUUAAGAGAUUUUGUCAGGAGACCGAUAAAAAGCUGCAAGAUAUAAUUAAUCAUAGGCACAAGGUGCAACUAGAGGACAAUUUUAUUAAGAAUGAGGUAGAUUUUGAUGUAAAUAUUGGGAUUAAAGAUUCAGAUGAAGAAAAUGAUUCAGAGAAGAAUGAAUUGGAGAGCAAAUCUAGUCGAUAUAAACCAAAAAGAACUCCAACAUAUUGUAAUAUCUGCUGUGAGGACUUUAAAAACUUGGAAACAUUAGAUAAACAUAAGUCGGAAAGCCAUGGUAUUGAGAAAGGUUUGUUCAAGUGUUUUGGGUGUGACAAGACAUUUAAAACGGGUAAAUCAAGGCUUGGGCAUGAGACUAGGUUCUGUAAAAACUUAAAAUAUGGCUAUGAAUGUAUUCAGUGUAAUAAAUUCUUACGAAGGCGAAGGAACUACGAACAACAUAUGAAAGAUCAUAGGAAUAAUGUGAUGAGAGACAUUCCAGAGAAUAUCUUUAAAUGUUUGCAUUGUUUCGAUAGUUUUAAGAAUACAGAUGAUUUACGGGAACAUAUGAACUGCCAUGAAAAUGCAAAGAAAAUUUAUGUAUGUGAGAGCUGUGGCAGAGCUUUUGGCCGACAAGACUAUCUCGCAAAGCACAUGCUAACACACAGUGGUGAUAAACGGUACUCCUGUACUUAUUGUUCGUUCAGAGCUGCUCAAAGGUCAGCUUUAACAGUACAUAUCAGGAAGCACACUGGAGAGAGGCCGUACAGUUGUGAUCUUUGCCCACAGAAGUGCAUAUCUAGUUCCAAUUUGCGCGCUCACCGCAAAAUACAUUUAGGUCUUCGCCAAUAUGAGUGCUCAUUGUGUGAAAAGAAAUUCGGCUACAAAGCGAGCCUAGAGGAGCACGUAGCGAGCACACACGCAUCGUGUGAAAAGCAUUCGUGUAAGCUGUGCGGCGCAACGUACAGCCGGGGACGCACUCUGCGGAGACAUAUGGCGGACAAACAUGGCGACCGAGAUGCUGUCAAAUAAAUAAUAUUAAAUAUAUAUAA